UGAAGUGCCAAAUCACCAAACAUCGAGCCAGAAUUAUCAUAAUCCUCAUCUGGUUCGUAGCUUUGACCACGACAAUGCCGUGGGCGAUAUUCUUCGACUUGGUGGUCAUUUUUAGGGACGCACCGAACGUUCGACUGUGCAUCGAGGUUUGGCCCGAAGAAAUGAAUGGAUCAUUGUACUUUUUAACAGCUAAUUUACUAUUUUUCUACAUUUGUCCGAUGAUCCUUAUCACUAUGUGUUAUGUACUAAUUUAUAUCAAGGUAUGGAAACGGGCCAUUCCAACCGAUACCAAAGACGCGCACAUGGAAAAAAUUCAAGCAAAAUCGAAAGUCAAAGUUGUUAAAAUGUUGAUCGCCGUUGUUAUACUAUUCGUUAUUUCUUGGCUACCUCUGUACGCCAUAUUCGCUAGAAUCAAACUAGGCGGUGAAAUAGAGCCAUGGGAAGAAGAAAUUUUACCUAUCGCUACUCCGGUAGCUCAGUGGUUAGGAGCAUCUAAUUCUUGUAUCAAUCCAAUACUGUACGCAUUUUUCAAUAAGAAGUAUAGAAGAGGAUUCGUAGCUAUCAUCAAAAGUAGAAGGUGUUGUGGAAGACUUAGAUAUUACGAAACCGUUGCAUUGAUGUCAUCGUCUACAAGUAUGAGAAAGUCCUCUCAUUUCUACAAUAACAACUCGUCAACAAGGAAGGUUCCACCAAUUCAGGACAACGCUGUGUCAUACAUUUACAAUAAUACUGGAGUCUGAACCUGGAAAUGGUUUUCUCCUGUAUAAAGGACUUGGAUCAACUUGAGAAAAUUUGCUCACUCUUCUCUCCGGAGACAUUUUAGACAAAAGCAAGGACUCAAGAAAACAACUCGUCGUUAAAUCUAUUAAAUUUGUCAACGUAAGGAACAAAGAAUUAGUUUGUAAGAAAAUAAGUGGCAGAAAAAAAAUAUUUGGUAAUAUUGUAAGCUUUGGCAGAAAGUACUUAGUGAAACACUUUUUUAAGAUUAAAGUAAUAUAUCUUUUUAAUGUAUAUUUAAGCAUCACCUGAAACGUGUCUUAACUCGUUUAAUUAUUGUAGAUUUGUUUUUUUUUUGUGUACGGAGAGUGAUUUAACUUUUAUUUAAUAUUAUCGUCAAUUUAAUAAUAAUCAAAUUUUCGGCAAACAAUGAAAAGAGACGCUUAUAUUUUCGAAUGAUAUAGAUAUAAUGCUCAACAGACAAUUAAAGCUUUGUUUUUCAAAAUACG